AUGUCUGAUCCAAGCGCCGAACUCGAAUCCACACUCCGCAACCUGUCCAUAGGUGAAAAGGGCCCGGUACAAGACAUUUCCCGACCAAACGUGAAAAAGCUCCCAACAGCAGCCGUGACGUCAAAUAAAAUACCCCGCAAACCCGUCGCAGACUCCUGGGAAGAUGAAGCAGACCUCUCCGCCCCAGAAAGCGAGGAAUCCCAGCCCCACGACGAAGAUGCUAGCCCGGUGCUAUCGCCAACCAUCGGCGCCGAGGGACCGCUAGGUCCCCCGCCCACACCUAUCUCCCCGCAGACCUCCAACCCGUGGACGGCGAGAGCUGCUUCUCCUCCUUCGGCGCGGGGAGCUCCUACCCGUCGUCCGGAGAAGCAGACUGCUGUUGCGGAGCGGCUGAUAGCCGGUGCAUUGGGGAUCCGCGCUCCGAAGCGGACGGAGCAGCAGCGCGCUUAUGAUCGCUCGAUUAAGGAACAGGAGAUCCGGCGGCGGAAUCGCGAGCGCGAAGAGAAGGCUAAAGCUAAAGAGGAGGAAGAGAAGAUGAAGGCUUCUGUUUGGGACAGUUAG